GUAGUUUUAGCACAUAGAGAUUAUGUUUUAAGUGUUUAUUCAUUCUCAUAAGAUACGAUCUUACAAGAUAAAUAAUGUUAAAAAUCGCGAUAAAUCUGUUUUUAUUGUUUUGCACACUAUCAAAUGCAAAAGAUGCAAAUGUACUCAUGACUGAGGUUUUCGCAAUACCUUUGGAUCCUCCAAUGUUUAAUUGGACUUAUGAAGGAUUUGAAGAACAGUUUGUGUACCAAGCUUCCUUAUUAAAUGCUCCCGAUUUACCUUCCUGGAUUAAUUACCUAUACAGCGAACAGCAUUACUCUGGGUUUUUAUAUGGCGUACCUCCAAAGAUUAAUGAAAAUAUUCCACUAGAAGUCGUCGCACUUAAUAAAAAAAAUUAUGAAACUAGGGUUGAAAACAUCAAUAUUAUUAUUUCUGAAAAACUGAACUCUGCGAGAUAUGAAGUACUUUUAAAAAUUGACAACAUAAAUGUAGAAGAUAUGUUUGAUGUGGAUCGAAUGGAAGCGCUAAAGAAUGUUUUUCGUAAAGAAUUAUGGAAAAAUAGUGCUUACGAUUUAUACGUGACCUUUCUUAAUUCUGCUGUUGAUUUAGGAGCUAGAAAACCAGCAAAUCCUAGGGAGGGAGAAGGGGUCGUAAUAAGACUGGGAAGUGAGAACUCGUUUUCUACAGAGCUGAUCGAACUUCAAGAAGAAGUUAAACCACUAUGGAAAGUUCCACAGUGCCCAAGAGACUACAAAAGAACUUCUGUUGAAAGAUAUUUUAGAGAUGCUGGAUUUGCCUUGGACUGGUGUUCGUUUAGACUGGUUGAUAAUAACAAUUCGGCAAUGCAUCAUAAAAAUGGAAACUUAGUGAGUGAUGAGGUAGAUGAUUCUGAAACUGGUGGAGUUUGGCAUUCUGUAUCAAAGGCAGAUGUUCCCCAAAGACGAUACUUUAAUGAACUUGUGGUAUCGCUGAUAGUUCCUUUUGUAAUAUUGAUUGUUUUGGGACUAGUUUUGUCAUUUCUGCUAUGUUUUCAACAUGAUGAAAUCGAAGACGAAAGUGACCAUUAUUUCCAUAAUUUAUUUCACAUUUGUACGGAUUAUUACUAUGAUCAUUAUAUUUACAAAAGAGCAAGUCACAUAGAUGACCUAACAUCAGACCAAAUCAGCUACGCUGAAACAGUUCACAGACCUGUAGAGACUUUCAGAAGUUUUAGCAACCGAGACAGUACACUCUCGCCUGAUCUCUGCAGCCAUUCCAACAGCCCAAACUCUACGAUUAACAGGGGCGUGCAUUGUAGACCUAGUCCUCCACCUUACGUAAGACCCAAGUUUAAGUCUGAUUUGUGACAAAAUGGAGACGAAGAGGAGAAAACGUGGUAUUGCUAAGCAGCUAACAUUCAACGUCAACGUGUGGUAGUUGGAGUAGUGUCAGAAGCGACUGAUGAUGAUUUUGUAGCAAUAUUUGGAAGCUGUACGCAGUUUUGGUUUUUGGAAGGAUUAUAAUUGUAUUUAUAACAUUUUAUUACAGGCAAAUGGAUAUAAAUUAUUAGAAAAAUCAAAAAAUUACUAAAAUACUAACAUAACAAAUAAGAAUUUAUAAUUUUAGAUUUACCUAUGUAAUUUUCAAUCACUUUUUUUACAAACCUUUAUUGUUAGACGUAUAUAUCCUUCCUUAUGCAAAAAUUAUG